AUGGACUUAGAUGCAUCCAUCAAUUGCUGCACAGUCCUGCUCGCGAAAUUGCAAGAUCUGGUAGAUAGCCUACGCCAGAAGCAAAACAAGGCUCUCGACUUCCAAAGCAAACUCAAAUUGGUAUUUGGCAAGAAAAGUGUCGAUGAUAUCCAGAAGCUACUAGAGCACCAAACAAACGCUCUCAGCUUGGUCCUGGCCGCGUGCAACUGCCAAACCGGAGCUGAACAAAAGGCCUUGCUUGUUCGGUCGAGUAGCCGGAGAGUCUUUCGCCAAAUGAAUUCUGAUUCUGCCUCGCUAAUGGUCCACCGCGACACAACUUCCAUCGCAACACAGAUAACCGAUCAUUUAUCGAAGGUGUCGGUUGCUUUUUCGUUUGACCGGGAGGUUUUUACCUCCAAUGUGUACGAGAGAUUUUUCCGUGGGCUCACGAGGAGGGUUCUGAGAUAUCCACAAACCCGUGAUACUCCAGUGGUGGAGCAGCCUCGUGAACCUAGUGGUGACGAUGGAUGGCCCUUAUUCCAGGAGAAAUUAUUACUCUUCGGCAGUGACUACGCGGGUACGGACGAUAUUCUUCAUGAGCUAGUUGGCUUAGUGGGAAACCAAACUAUCAAUAUUGGUCUCACCCUUCAACGAACCGCCAUAUACAAGUUCGUCAUCAUGAGCACCCAGGCUAUUAUUGCUGCCCUGAAUCGCGAUGCCACAGGUCCGCAGCUAGACAGUAAUAGGGCACAUUGCGAUCUCUUGCUGCGGUAUAUCGACGAUCUCAGUGCAACAAAACCUCUGGAUGAGCGAAUAGGAGAGGCAAUACGCUCACUGUGGCAAGACCCAAGUAUGGAGAGAGUCCGCCAAUCUCCUCGAGAGUUUGCUAUACCAGAAUCAGCGCUAGAACUUUUCGAUGAUAUAGACCGCAUCGCCUCCCCAAAUUACGAGCCAACAAGCAGAGAUCUGAAGAUAGUGCGAGACAGGACACCCUCAGUAAUCGAGUUACAGGCCACAUAUAUAAAAUACCGAAACUCGUGGACAGUGGCAAAGCCAGCAGUCAAACUAGUUAACUUGCAACUUUUAGAUGUCACGCUACGCUUCGGAUCAAAUGUGGCUUACGAUUUCAAGGCUAUUACAACCAUCUUUUUGCUCAUCAAUAUUGCCGGCUACAACGAAUUCUUGGAAUAUGAUCGUCUGCGGAGUUCGCUACUUCAUUGCACAUACAAAUCCGAAGCAAUGCUACGAUCGUCCUGGUUCCCACAGGACACGAGGGUUGUGAUUUUAUUCAGGGAGCCCGAGGAGUUCGCGUCCAAACUCACUACGCACCCCUUCGCAGAUUAUUUCCCUGGCUACACAGAGGACAACGAGAGAGACGCAAGCCUCACCUUUCUCUUUCUGCACUUCAAACAACUGCGCCCUAAUCACUUUCUUUCAGGGGUGAUUAUGUGGGGAAUUCAAAGUUGUCCCAGAGAUUCUAUCAUAGAGAAGCUACUUUUCAUCUCUGAAAUGUUGCAAAAUGUGCCGCUAAACGCUGUCAGCAGAAUGUUGGAGAGAAGGGAAAUGAAUGUUGACCCAGAGCAGAAAUUUCAAAAUAUUGUUAGUUAG